GCUGCCGGACCGGCCCCAUGCACUGCACCAGGUACGGGCGCGCCGCCCCGCCGCGACCCCCGGCGUUGACGCCGCUCUCUUCCUUCCCCGCCUGCUCGGCUUCGCAGCCUCCUCGUGUGUGCGGGAGCGGCUCUGGCGCUCCCCGCCGCAGCGGUGCCGUUCCUGCGGGAAAACGGGAUCCUGCGGCUUGGCUCCUGCAGCCCCCGGCUGAGCCGGCAGCGGUAGCCCCGGGGCUGCCCCUCGGCGGGGCUCUGCUGCCGCCUCUGCCGGGUCUGGGCGGCGCGGCUUGGCUGCUGUAGCGGAGGGGGCGGGCUGUAGCGAGCGAGCCCGCCGGGCAGACGCCUGUGGGGAGCGGCUGUGCCCGCCCUGGGUCGGGGAGGAGGAGGGGGCGCGGCCGCGAACCUGGGCUCGGCAAGGGCUGCACGCCCAGCCCGGGGCCGGGGGCACUGUCCGCAGGCAGCGUGGGAGGCAGAGCCGGGGCAGCCGAAGGGCUCGAUAAGGGAGGUAGUAUUAGACUAUUUCCCUCACAAGCAAGCAAUGGCUGUGGACGUGGCAAUGCAGCUGUACCUGUGCUCCUCGCCCUUGCCAAGAGAGAAGUGUGCCUGCAAAAUUGCUCCGAAGCCAAGCAAGCCGCUGCGGCCCUGCAUCCAGCUGAGCAGCAAGGCUGUGCUGGGUGGUGCAGAAGAGGCAGCAAACUCCUUCCCACACAGCAAGGCAAAGAAGAGGGUGUCGUUUGCAGAUAGCAGAGGCUUCGCCCUGACUAUGGUGAAGGUGUUCUCAGAGUUUGAAGAUCCCCUAGAUAUUCCUUUCAACAUCACAGAGCUGAUAGACAACAUCGUGGGUCUGACAACAGUGGAGAAGGACAGCUUUGUCCUGGAUUUUGUUCAGCCCUCCGUAGACUAUCUGGACUUCAGGAACCGCCUCCAGACGGACUGUGUCUGCCUGGAAAACUGUAUGCUAAAGGAGAAAUCUAUUGUGGGAACAGUGAAGGUGAAGAACCUCGCUUUUGAAAAGACGGUGAAGAUCCGGAUGACGUUUGACACGUGGAAAAACUUUGUGGAUCACCCGUGCCAGUAUGUCAAGGAUACGUACGGAGGGUCGGAUCAGGACACGUUUUCCUUUGACAUCAGCUUGCCCGAGGGGAUUAAAUCACACGAAAGAGUUGAGUUUGCCAUUUCCUUUGAGUGCAAUGGGAAGGUGUACUGGGACAACAACAGGGGCACAAAUUACAGGAUCAUACGGUCAGAACUGAAGUCUGCCCAGGAAGCUGCCCGUCCCCCACAGGCUCCUGACUUUGGCAGUGCAUUCGACCAGUUUGGGAGCCCUCGGUGCUCCUAUGGCCUCUUUCCUGAGUGGCCCAGUUAUUCAGGCUACGAGAAGCUCGGGCCCUACUAUUGACCCAAGGAUAAAGGCCAGGCUGACUAACUGUUGCUGCUGUGUCUGCAGGCCUUGGGGCUGGUCUGAGCACAGGUGUAUGAAUAGGUGGAAGAAGUAUGGCUCUGUGUAGCUUAGCAUAAGCCUCCCAGCAAAACCAGAUGUGCACUGCUCUGCUGGCAGGGGGCUUAUAGUCAGAGAAGCAAAUCUGGCUCUCCGGAUGAUCAGAGGACCAAGGACCGCUCGUAUCUUUUCAGCACUUCUUCCUCUUCACUAAAGAUGCCAGUGUCCAGGGAAACACUACAGUGCUUAUAUUGCCUGUCAAGCCGUGUAGUGGUGGCUGUUUGUAUUGCCUGCCUAGUAUUAAAAGACUCUUUCAAAAUAUUUCCUAGUAUUACAUUGUUAGUGGGCUCUACUACAGCUGCAGGGUUCUCCUUGCAAAGCCAGCCUGUGCCUGUCAGGAAAUAGUGUGGUUGGGAAUGGAGUCCUCUCUUUGCACAUAUCCUUGUAGUGAGGCCCUUCCUACUGGAGGCAGAAAGCAGGUUUUGGAAGUGAAAAUGCAAGGCAUGUAGGUCUGGGGUGCUGUGGACGGUGGUGUCUCCUUAUGGGCUUGUUUUCAGGCUGUGCCUUGGGUGUGCUUAGGGAGGAACGUGGAAGAUAAGCUAGAAUAGCAGUGCCAUAAGUAAAAGCUAGGUUGGGAACUGACUAUUUGAUCAAUAGCAGUUUAAAAAUACUACUUGUGGCCUUUCCCCUUUUCCCUUUUUCCAUUGCCAAUGUGAACAUAGAAGUGAGGGGGUUGCUCUCCUUGCUCUAUGCCUGGAAGUGCCUUGUAGGAUGUUUUGCAUGUUUGUUUUUAAAAGAUAUUUUUGUACACAACAUUCAAGUGGAAAAUGCACUUUAUAAUUGCCAUGUAAUGACUCUUUUAAAAAUAUGGCUGUUUUUAUCUGAUUGUUAAAAUAAAGGUGGA